UUUUAGUUCAUGUUACUUUAUACUGUUUUAUUAUAUUUAACUACACGUGGAUGUUUACACUGACUUAUAAGUUACCUCAUAAACCGUUUCCGUUCAUUACAAUUCCUACUUACUGACUUUAGGCGCGGCAUUUUUCCUUGAAAAAUUUACCAACUUAUCUACUUAAUCAACUUCCAAGUAGAACAAUGCGGUGGUAUAUAUUCAGUGCAUUAGCACUGAUUAGUGUCGUAUGCGGCCAAGAAAUUCCGGAGACAUGCCUGUCUGUUGACCCGGAGCCGUACCUGCUGUUUGGAACGAAGACAGCGUACACCUUCUCCAACAGAGGCGUGCCUGUGGUCCGGUCGCAUGAGGUUCCUGGUUGUCAACCAACAGCAAUUUGGUUACUGAACCGGCACGGAUCACACAACCCUGAAGCGGACGAAUUAUCUGAACUACAGAAGCUAAUAGAUUUCAAGAACAACGUCAUAUCCAAUUACAGGAACGGAAACUUUAGAAAUACUAAUCAACGCAUGUGUGCGGCUGACGUGAACCUCUUAGAACAAUGGUCAUGGAACUCUCGUCAGAACGCGACAUACGCUGGUGACCUGACCACGGACGGUUACAUGUCAACGCAGCAACUUGCCCAAGCAUGGAGGUCUAAGUACCCUGGACUGUUCACAGAUAACCGUUACGAUUACUUGUUCAAAUAUGUAAACGACCAACGAUCUAGUACAACAUUCCGUGCGUUUACUGAGGGACUGUUUAGGGACCAGGCUGAAGGAAUGGAUGUUCCCAAAGAGACCGACGAGAAAUUACUUCGGCCUUACAAAUUCUGCCCAGCAUGGACGAGAGAUGUCGAAGAAAACAAUGAAACGCUAGCACAACUUAGAACAUUUGAAUCAAAGCAAGAAUAUAAAGAGAUGAUAACCAACAUCUCAUUGAGACUUGGUUUUACCUACGAUAUAAGUCUUGCAACAGUUUUGAGCAUGUACGAAAUGUGCCGUUACAACAAGGCGUGGGAAAUCGAAAAAAUAUCGCCCUGGUGUUCUGUGUUUACAAAAGAGGACAUUAAACGACUUGAGUUUUCGGAAGAUUUGGAAACCUAUUACAAAUACGGUUACGGAACUCCGAUGAACCAAAAAAUUGGUUGCACAGCUGUAAAGGAUAUGAUGGACUUCUUUAAAAUUCACUUAGAUCAUGAAACUCCACAGCAGCCGAAAGCAACAGUCCAUUUCACGGAAGCGGAAAUGAUACUUCUUACUCUGACAGCGCUCGGCGGAUACAGAGAUUCAGCUCCGCUUACUGGUGACAAUUACCAUACACAGACCGCGAGAGAACGACGCUGGAGUUCUUCUAACAUGUCCCCUUUCAACGCAAACCUCGCUGCCGUGCUUUACAAGUGUGUACCAAACAAUAACAUAAAGAUCAGAGAGCCAUACCAAGUGUUAUUCCUGUCUAACGAGCGCACCCUGUACUUAGACGGCUGUAAUGUUGGCCUUUGCGAUUGGAGUCUAGUCAAGAACCGCCUUGGCCUAGUCGCUGAUAACUGUGAGCUAAGUUUUUGUAAUGGAGCCAAUAAAGUUAACUUUAUGGGGAUGGGCGUUGUUGCAAUCUUUGCUUUAUGUAGAUUUAUAUUUUGAAUAGAUUAUGUCCUUACCAAUGUUAGCAUUUAUUAAAAUUUUAAUGUUUGUUACUUAUAUGUACAGAGACGCACUAAUGUGGUGCUUUAGCGCUUUUGGGGCCUUUAAGCCCUAAUACUUAAUAGUGACUCAAAAAUAUACCUGAAUCUCAAAAGCUAUGUGUUAAUUUUUAAUGCACUUUUGUAUUGAUGUUUGUCAGAUGGAUGUAAAAUUUUUCAAUUAUGUAUUUUCACUGUGUAUAACACGAUGUCAAAUAUGACAGAUAUACUUAAUAAGACGCAAAGCAUUAUUUACUGAGGUCACACACGGGUUAUAUAUCCCAAAUGCCAUUUAAGCUAUAAAUUAAAUGUAUUGGAAAGUUAUUUUCGUAAAAAAAAACUAUUUGCUUGGCCGUAAAAUCUAUGCCGGUUAUUUCGGUUAUUAGACAUAAGGGCCCCGUUCUCAUGUCCAUCGGAGUUUGAGGCUCCAAUGUCGUUGUUUACCUAAACUUAUUUUUCAGUCCGUCACUUAACUAUAUUGUUAAUUGUUAUUUAAUAAUUUUAAACUAUACACGUUUUGAAUUAAAUGGAUUAAUAA